AUGGCUACAUCUUCUGUAGCCGGGGCUCCUUGUCGCAACGUGACGCUACGUCAUGUGCUGCUCUUCCACCGCCAUGGCGACCGGACGCCCGUGCUCACCUCAUUUGGCACGACGGCCCCGCCACAGGAAGAUGAGACGGCGUUCUGGGCAUCGAAAGUGGCUACACCCGAACAGCUCAAGCUGUUACUCGAGACUGCCAAGCCCGUAGGUGCCACUGCAUUAAAGGCGCCAGUUUUCACUCCAUCCAAAGACUCACAGCAUCCGUACGGUCUCUUGACCUGCAAAGGCGUCCAGGAUAUGACGCAGAAAGGACGUGCACUGCGAGAGCGCUACGGUGCGUUCAUCGACAGCAAAACUGUCCAGCGCGAGGACGUCUACGUGCUUUCGAGCAGCGUUCCCCGUACGGUCGAGUCUGUGCAGAGUCUACUGCGUGGCUUCUUCCACGAUGAAGACGUCCAGGUGCCGCAGUUUCACGUGCACACAUAUGAGCACAAUGUGCUGGCGCCAAGACAUCCGCGACAAGUGUUCAACGAGAUUGAGCUCCUGGUGUAUGACGAAGUGCUCAAGCUUCGAAGCGAGAGCGAGCGGGAGAUCACGAAGCAAUUGGCGUCGCAUCUACGAAAGUGUCUGGCAAUCCCUAGUGACCAGCCCCUGUCCUGGACGGCCAUUCGGGAUACACUGAUGUGUCGAGCAGCCCAUGGCUGGCCAUACCCGGACGGUAUUGACCACACGAUCUUCCAGCAGGUCGAGGCGUAUGACACGUGGCUCUGGCAGCGACUUUAUCGCGGCAAAGACUUUUGCUACCGAGCGUUUAAAGAGGGUGUUCAAGAAGUGUACAGCUUUGUCAAGACUGUGGUCGAGAACAAGCAGUUGGCCAAGUUAUCCUUCUUCUCGGCACAUGACAACUCAAUUGUGGCAUUGCUGGGCGCAUUGCAGCUUGAGGUGGGACCGCAUCUGCCGGAAUAUGGCUCCAUGUUGGCCUUGGAGAUAUACGAAGACGAAGCCACGCACGAGUUCUUCGUCUUGCCACGUUACGACAACAAGGAGGUGACGUUUGCAGGUCACGAACAUGACGCGCUAUGUCCCUUCGCACACUUUGAAUCGCUCGUCCUUGACUUUUUGUCGUACAGGCCAAGUGAACAAGCUCGAGCGAAACAUUGA